AUGGCGGAUCUGCUUUACCGUUUCAAGCGGUACAAUCCUGGGCGGAAGCUAAACCUUAACUUCAUCGCCGAUCUUCCUCCUCAACCGGAAGGUCUCACCGAGGAGAUGAUUGAAGACUAUGAAGGGGAGGACGCCCCGGAAGAGGUCCCUGCCGCCGAAAGCUCUGCCCAUGCCGAAGAAGUUCAUGCCGAUGCUGAUCUUUAA